AUGUGCCAAAAGGGGCAUCUUACAGGUAAUCCCCUUGAAAGAAAAAGUUGCAAUACCCUUUUAAACAAUGUGCCAAAGGCCAUCCAGUCCAUCCAGUCCAUCCAGUCCAGGCACGAAGUUUCUGGCACAAAGUUUCUGGCACAUUCGGGAAUCGAUCUCACGACCUUUGGUAUCGUAGGCACGCGCCUUAACCAUUUGGCUAUUGAGGAGGCCCCCUUUUUUAAGUUAACUUCGGUUCGUAUUGACUUAGGCCGAUGA